AUGGCAGUGGUCUCCUCCGAGGUGUCGUCAAUUAAGAUCGCAUCUUCUGCAGCUCAUCGAUCCCCUCUGGAAUUACACCCAAGAAGUUCGAGAUGUGAGAGCCAAGUAGACAAAGAUGGGCGCUUAGUUCGGAUCUCAUCUGAGAAGGCACUCCUCGAUGGUCAGUCAGAGGUCGAGACGGGGGAUCUGGCGUUUGCAUCUGGAUCUACAUGUGAUCACCCUCAACAGGCGACCAUCAUCGAAGCGCCCGUUGCUAGUGAGCCGCCACCUCCGACAGUGCUGCCUCAGACGAAUGAUCAACUCGUUAAUGUUGAAAAUGCCUUAAGGUUUUCCGCAGAAGCUGCUCUUCGUGAUCGAGCUCCGAGCGUACUUGAGGUCGAAGACCGCUUGGCCCAAAUUCGACACAAGGUUUCCGAGAGUCAAUCUGAUCGCAUCUACGUUCCUCUUCGAGCCAACCCGAACCCACAGGUGUCCAACAAAACGGCUCUUCCGCUCCUGCCUACGGUACUGGAAUUCCUUGAAUCUGAACUACGAGUCUUCUUGCUGCUGGGAGAUUCCGGAUCAGGAAAAUCGACUUUUUGCAGGCAGUUGGUGCGAACACUCUGGAGCAACUAUACGCAGGGCAGCAGGAUCCCCAUAUUUGUCGAUCUGCGCGACAUUGAUCGACCAAGUGAUGACUUGAUUGAGUCGCAGCUGCAGGAGCACGGCUUUUCGGAUGCAGAUGUUCAGGAGCUGUUACAUCAACGGCAAUUUGUGCUUGUCUGCGAUGGGUACGACGAGUCCCGCUUUUCUACAAGCAUCUACACCAAGCGACUAGGUCAACUGGAUGUCAAGAUGAUCGUCAGCUGCCGCAACACAUAUCUCGGUCGGGAUUACCAAUGCCGGUUCUACCCUCUUGGAGACGACAAAUACCACGACAAGUCUUCCGAACUCUUCCAGGAGGCGACCAUUGUUCCAUUCCAGAAGAGCGACAUCCAGGAAUUCGUCAAGCAAUAUGUCCUCGGCUUUGCCGAUCAAGAGCCUUCCGACAACCCGCCUGCUCCAAGUUUCGAUGACUACUGGGAGAAACUCAGCGCCAUUCCGAACUUGAUGGACCUCGUCUCGAACCCCUUUCUAUUGACCCUUGCUUUGAGGGUGUUACCGUCGUUGUCGAUUGACCUUCAAGAUCUCACCAAAAACAAGGCCACUCGACUGCAGCUCUAUGACGGUUUUGUCAAGAAGUGGAUCCGAAUCAACAUUACUCGCCUUCAACGGAGCACACUCAGCCAGGAGUACCGGUCUGUUUUCGAAAGUCUUUUGAACGACGGGUUUGCAUGGUGCGUCAAGGACUUUUCAAAGAGGCUGGCAGAGGCUAUGCAUGAACACCAGAGAGGUCGUCUUGUCGUCCGGUUCUCCUGCAAGCAUAACGAGCCUUGGAAGGUUGAGUUCUUUGGUCAGGAGAUCGACUCGACUUUACUGCGUGAGUCCAGCCUGUUGUCACGAGCAGGAAUUUGUCAUUGGUUCAUUCACAAAUCGCUAUUCGACUACUUUCGCUCCUUGGUGUUUUACGAUCCCGAUGAGACUGAUGAUGAUGACCCUGAUGAUGUUAGGGGCGAUCCUCAUGGCGGUGGUGGAAACUCCUUCAGCGAUGGCGGCGAUUAUCUUUUUGAUCACGGCGACUUCAACGGCGGGGAUGGCAGCUUGUCCGGAGGAGACUUUGUCGCGACCACUGACAGUGGUGGAUCAGAUGGUGGUGGCAGUGGUGGACCGAUGGGUAGCAGCAGUGGCUCGACGGGUGCCAGCAGUGACUCUUCUGGUGGCAACGGCGGCUCGAGUGGAAGUAACGGUGGCUCGGCUGAUAUCAACAGCGGCUCACUCGGCGACAACAGCGCAUCAACGGGAGGAAUUGAUGGUUCAGGUAACAAGGAUGGUCCCUCUGGAAACGGCGACAGUUCUCAUCAAGGCAAGGAUGGUUAUCGGUCCAGAAGAAAAGCCAGCAAAAACAAGUCUCGCCCCUUCGGCGACUCUUUCUCAACGCAGAACCUUAUCGAGGACCCGGAAGUGUUGGAGUUUCUGGUGGAGCGCGCUCAAUCAGAUUCUCUCUUCGAAAAACGGCUGCUCUCAGUCAUUGAGCAGUCUAAGGCGUUCUCCGUUCCUAGCGUAGCCGCGGCGAAUGCCAUCACCAUCCUGUUCAAAUCUGGGAAGCGAUCCCAGGAUACCGUUCUGGAGGGCGUACCUAUUCCAAGCGACUAUAUGUCAACAGCAACGGGAAGCACGGAGCCGGUUCAGUCUCCAGAGAGUAAUAUUCAGGUGCUGUCUAAGGCACUCAAGACCAACUCGACUCUGACCACUUUGGACUUGUUCGGCAACUCGAUUGGACGUGACGGAGCUCAGGCGCUGUCUGAGGCACGCAAGACCAACUCGACUCUGAACGCUUUAAAAUUGAUCAGCAACUGGAGUGCAUCCGAGAGAGCUCAGGCGCUGUUUGAGGCACUCAAUACCAACUCGACGCUGACCACUUUGGACUUGAGGAACAACAGGAUCGGAGACAACGGAGCCCAGGCGCCGUCUGAGGCACUCAAGACCAACUCGACUCCGAACACUUUGAACUUGACCAGCAACUGGAGUGCAUCCGAGAGAGCUCAGGCGCUGUUUGUGGCACUCAAGACCAACUCGACGCUGACCACUUUGGACUUGUCCUACAACUCGAUUGGAUCCGACGGAGCUCAGGCGCUGUCUGAGGCACUCAAGACCAACUCGACUCUAACCACUUUGAACUUGACCGACAACUGGAUUGGACGCGACGGAGCUCAGGCGCUGUCUGAGGCACUCAAGAUCAACUCGACUCUGACCACGUUGGACCUGAGGGACAACUCGAUUGGACGCGACGGAGCUCAGGCGCUGUCUGAGGCACUCAAGAUCAACUCGACUCUGACCACUUUGAACUUGACCUACAACUCGAUUGAACGCGACGGAGCUCAGACGCUGUUUGAGGCACUCAAGACCAACUCGACGCUGACCACGUUGGACCUGAGUGGCAACUCGAUUGGAUGCGACGGAGCUCAGGCGCUGUCUGAGGCACUCAAGAUCAACUCGACUCUGACCACGUUGGACCUGAGUGGCAACUUGAUUGGACGCGACGGAGCUCAGGCGCUGUCUGAGGCACUCAAGAUCAACUCGACUCUGACCACUUUGGUCUUGAGGGGCAACUGGAUUGGACCCGACGGAGCUCAGGCGCUGUCUGAGGCACUCAAGAUCAACUCGACUCUGACCACUUUGGUCUUGAGUGGCAACUGGAUUGGACCCGACGGAGCUCAGGCGCUGUCUGAGGCACUCAAGAUCAACUCGACUCUGACCACUUUGGACUUGUCUCGCAACUCGAUCGGACCGGAUGGAGCUCAGGCGCUGUCUGAGGCACUCAAGAUCAACUCGACUCUGACCACUUUGGUCUUGAGUGGCAACUAUAUCGGAGACGACAGAGCUCAGGCGCUGUCUGACGCAAUCAAGAGAAACUCCAGGGUGCGAUGA